AUGGAUCUGCCCCCAGGCCGCCCCGGCUCUCCCAACAUGCUGACCGCCCUGAGAGACUCCCUGCUGCUGUUGCUGGUCCUCGCCUGCACCGGCCUGGCGCUCGCCCAGAACGACACCGAGCCCAUCGUCUUGGAGGGCAAGUGCCUGGUGGUGUGCGACUCGAACCCGUCGUCGGACGGGGCGGUCACCUCCUCGCUGGGGAUCUCCGUGCGCUCCGGGAGCGCUAAGGUAGCUUUCUCCGCCGUCCGCAGCACCAACCACGAGCCCUCCGAGAUGAGCAACCGGACCAUGACGAUCUACUUCGACCAUGUCUUAGUUAACAUUGGGAACCAUUUCGACACGAGGUCCGGCACUUUCGUGGCGCCGAGAAAGGGCAUUUACAGUUUCAGCUUUCACGUGGUCAAGGUGUACAACCGGCAGACGAUCCAGGUCAGUUUAAUGCAAAACGGCUGGGCUGUCAUUUCUGCUUUUGCCGGGGACCAGGACGUGACCCGGGAGGCCGCCAGUAACGGAGUGCUACUGAACAUGGAGAGAGAGGACAAAGUCUAUUUAAAGCUCGAGAGAGGCAACUUAAUGGGAGGAUGGAAGUAUUCGACGUUUUCUGGCUUUUUGGUAUUCCCUCUAUAAAAGGGAGACGCCAAUCCAUUUUUGUUUUCUCCCUGAGGACCAACUCUCCCGUGUACAUGACCGCUAUUUGCAA